CCCAAAUUUUGGCCGGAUGAAAUUGCCGCUUCUACAAGGUGAUGCAACUUUCCACUUCAGCAGAUGAAAAGCUCUGAGAGGUGAUGUACUGAUUCUCACACAAAGAGCCGAGCCGAGCCGGUAAGAACAGAACACGCCGGCUGACCCGGGUCUCCCGCCCAACAGCACUGAGCAUAGAAAAGUUCCUGGAUUAGCGCAGAAUUAGCACAAAGCAGAGACGCCACUUCAGCCCAGCACUGCAAAGUAGCCAGCAACUGAACAAGUGGAGCGAGAGAGAGCACAGGAAAAAAAGAAAGAAAGAGGGAGAGAGAGAGAGAGAGAGAGAGAGAGUGGAGGGGGAGAGACACACACUGAGGUUUGAGACGCACCCCCAGCACUCCCAGGACCCCCAGCAGCAGGACGAGUCCCCGAUAGCCGCGAGCCGCCGCCGCUGCCGCCGGGACGGGCAUCCUUCCGCGAGAGCACACCACAACACUUCACCAACAUGGAGGAGAAACAGUUUUCUGGCAUUUUGAAUGGAGCGGUUCCAGGAGAACAAGUGAAGAAGGAUGAGAACUCCCGGAGAGGAAACUGGGGGAACCAGAUUGAAUUUGUCCUAACCAGUGUGGGAUACGCAGUGGGACUGGGGAACGUCUGGAGGUUCCCGUAUCUCUGCUACAGGAAUGGAGGAGGUGCCUUCAUGUUCCCAUACUUUAUAAUGCUGGUGUUCUGUGGAAUCCCACUGUUUUUCCUGGAGCUGUCUUUUGGCCAGUUCACCUCACUGGGCUGUCUGGGUGUCUGGAAGGUCAGCCCUAUGUUUAAAGGUGUUGGUUAUGGGAUGAUGGUAGUAUCCACCUAUAUCGGCAUCUACUAUAACGUGGUGAUCUGCAUCGCCUUCUACUACUUCUUCAUGUCUAUGACCAACCUGCUGCCCUGGACGUACUGCAACAACCCCUGGAACACGCCCGACUGCAGCGGGGUGGUGGGCUCCCAGAGGCUUAAUGCCUCCAUCGCCAAUAUCUCAGCUGUAGUGUCGGGGGUCACUGAGGUGGUCAACCGCACCAAAAGGACGAGCCCGAGUGAAGAAUACUGGAGGAACUAUGUACUGAAUAUCUCAGAUGGCAUUGGGAACUUUGGUGAGGUGCGACUCCCCAUCCUGGGCUGUCUGGCGAUCUCCUGGGUGGUGGUCUUCCUCUGCCUCAUCCGUGGUGUGAAAUCUUCAGGCAAGGUGGUGUACUUUACAGCGACCUUCCCGUACGUGGUGCUGACCAUUCUGUUCAUCAGAGGAAUCACGCUGGAGGGAGCCGUCAGCGGAAUUAAAUACUACCUCACCCCACAGUGGCAGAAAAUCCUAGAUGCCAAGGUGUGGGGUGAUGCUGCCUCUCAGAUUUUCUACUCCCUGGGUUGUGCCUGGGGUGGUCUCAUCACAAUGGCAUCCUAUAACAAGUUCCAUAACAACUGUUUCAGAGACAGUAUCAUCAUCAGCGUGACCAACUGCGCCACCAGUGUCUACGCUGGCUUCGUCAUCUUCUCCAUCCUGGGGUUCAUGGCUCAUCACCUGGGGGUGGACGUGUCGCAGGUGGCUGAUCACGGGCCCGGCCUGGCCUUCGUAGCUUACCCAGAAGCCCUUACCCUGCUGCCCAUCUCUCCACUGUGGUCCCUGCUCUUCUUCUUCAUGCUCAUUUUGCUGGGCUUGGGCACACAGUUCUGUCUGUUGGAGACUCUGGUCACUGCUAUAGUGGAUGAGAUUGGGACGGACUGGAUUAUCAGAAACAAGACCAUCAUCACGUUUGGCGUUGCCGUCGUUGGGUUUCUGCUGGGAGUGCCGCUGACCACACGGGCAGGAAUAUACUGGCUGCUGCUGAUGGAUAACUAUGCUGCCAGCUUCUCAUUGGUCAUCAUCUCCUGCAUCAUGUGUAUUUGCAUCAUGUAUGUUUAUGGCCACAGGAACUACUUUAAGGAUGUGGAGAUGAUGCUGGGCUUCCCUCCUCCAAUUUUCUUCAGGAUCUGCUGGAGGUUCAUCUCACCCCUCAUCAUUUCGUUCAUCCUCAUCUUCACAGUGAUCCAGUACAAGCCCAUCACCUACAACGACUAUGUGUACCCGAGGUGGUCUCUCGUCAUCGGAUUCUGCAUGGCUCUGUCCUCAGUGAUCUGUAUACCUGUCUACGCUCUCUUCAAGAUCGCCACAUCCGAGGGGUCCACGUUCUUAGAGAGGUUGAAGUACUCUUUGAAGCCACAUCCCAGCUGGGGCCCGGCCCUGCAGGAGCACCGCAAGGGCCGCUACGCCACAGGAGGGCCCGAGGGGGUGGAGGUGCGCCCGCUGAAAGAGGAGCUGAAGGAGAAGGAACCUGAAAAGGAGAAGGAACCGGAGAAAGAGAAGAAAGACGAGAUGGGCCUGACCAUCCAGGGCAGCAACGGCUCCACACUGAACCCCACGCCCAGUGCAUAGACGGCCCGCCCCGACCGGCGCCACGUCCCAUUCCCCCCAUGCUGCAGCCCAAGGGCCAGGCCACACUCGCUGGAGACCUUUACAUAUUGUAAGGGCUUUAUUAUUUCUAACCUCUAGAGAAAUCGGAUGUCAUCCAAAACCUUUUCUUUUUAAUUUAAUAUCUUGUUUCUUUUUGUUUUGUUUUGUAAGUAAACAUAUGUUCAUAUGAAUAUGCAGGAAUCAUUUUAGUAGGCAUCCCCACUGUGAAUAGUGCAUUGUGGGAAAUGUUCAUGUUUUAUUUUUAUUUUUUUCCUUCUGUGUAGUAUUAUCCAGUAACUGGUGAACUCCUGCUGCAGCAGCAGCCGCGGCGGGUGUUCUUGUGUUGGCUUCUUGUGUGUACAGCGAUGACUGUGCCAGUCGGGUAAAAGCUGAAGACCAAAUAUUCUUUGAGUGUAGUAGCAAACGUAUCUUAACAUGCACACUUCCAGAAAACGUCUACUUUUUAAUUUCUUAAUUAUUAUUAUUAUCUUUCUUUUAGCUAGUGCCAAGUCUGGAGUUCUUCACCACCCUGUUCUGUGUUGGGAUUGGUGUCACACAGCUGGAUCCACAGGUCCUUUUGUUUUUAGAAGAACGCACAUACUGCACAAAGGAUAUUUCGCCUUCAGCUUUUCGAACAGCUACUGAAAGACCCUGAAAGUCCCUGAUUGAAGCACAUUUUACAUUAUAUUUAACUCCCAUGCCCACUCUCAGGGUUGCGCACAAAUUACCUUUUUUAAAUCUCCUAAAACGUCAUAAAAUCUUCAUAAUGUUCGUGAUAACUUGUCAGCUUUUUAUCAUAUCUUACUGUUCGGGUGUAUAAGGAGUAUUCUACACAAAGCACAUAAACUCUGAAUAGUCUUCCAGUCAUUCUGAACCCGAACUGCAUCCUGCUGGUGAUGAGGAGCGAUAGAACGAUGGCAGUCAGGAGCGGCUGUCAUAGCCUCAGUACUGUAUCACAGGCACGACCACGCAGGUUCUCUAGGGAAUAGAGGGAGAAGUGGCAUGCCAUCAGAAAACCAACAAAACUGGGCUCUGAGUGGUCCAGAAGACGAUAGUGCUGCCACUGUGAUCGCCAGUUCGAAUCCCGGGUCAUGCUGCUUCGCCACCAGCAGCCGGAGUCCGAGAGAGCACAAUUGACCAUGCUCUCUUUUAGGGGUGGGUAGAUGAAGGUGGCGCUUUCUCUCCUCAUUGCUUCUAUUGUUAGCUGAUGUAUCCAAACUGGGGAUCCAGCGCUUUCCUCCAAGUGAUCUAUAUUUAUAGUUGUCAAUUGGUAAAGAGGCGGAGUCAGACUUCACCUUAAUGAGUGGGUGGAGUAAUCUGCCUUCCAAAUUGGUGAGAAAAUUGGAAAAAAUGUGGAAAUAUUCUCAAGAGGUUUGGCAUGCACCUACCCUCUAUAUCCUGGAGACCCUGCUGGAGUGUGCUGUGUGUUUGAGUGUUUGAGUGAGUGUGUAUGUGUGUGUUUUUUUUUAUUUUUAAUUUUUUUUUUAUUUCCUUUCGUCUUCACCACACUGAAAAAUCAGUGCAAGUUCUGAGCCAAGCAGCUGAACGAGAAUUACAGUAAAGUGGCCAAGCAGAGAGUUUAUCUCGUGAUUAAGAAGAAAAAAACAUUAUUUUACUAAUUUCUGCUCGUUUUUAUUUUUCAUUACUCGUUAUACAUAAUAUAUAUAGUCGUCUGUAGUCUUUACAUUCUUCUCAUUCGCUGUAAUGUAACGCUGUAAUGUUACGCUGUAUAGUACCGCAGUAAAUAGUCGUUUUGUUUAUUUUGUAAAGAAGAAGCUAGAUUAUCAUUAAUAUUAACUUUUAAUGUUUACCAUUCCUCAUCCAUGACUUGAUUAUUUAACGUUUUUAUCUUUGCUCUGGAGAGAGAGGGGAGAGAGAGCCUGAGUUGGUCGGUUCGGAUUUUGUUUCGGACCGUCCUCCGGAGGCUUCCGGGUCCGGCUGGAGCCGGUUCCUGUCCCGAGCAAAUGAGGCCCCUCUCUUACGACACUUACGGUCGCAGUGGCACAAAUAAAAAUUAAACGUGGAUACAAUGUCCUGGUAACACUGUGAAUAUGUUAGGGAUAUUGCUGGACACCACUGGAGGAAGGGGGUGAUCUAGCGAUGCAGCUGCUAAAAUAUGCUUACGCAUCACGUAUUGAUAGAUCUCUUGGAUUUAUUCUACUUUUUUUCUUUUUUUUAUCCGUUUUUACCUUUUUUCAAAUAUUUUUUUUCACAGUAUAUUUUUGCUCGUCUUGUAGCGGACUGUGUUCCAGUCGGUCCUGUUUCUGGAUGUUUUCCUUUUUUCUUUAAUAAUCUCUUAAAAAGCAACACGACGGCUCGCUAUAUUCGUUCUAUAUCCAAUAUAAAAGAAUAGAAACAUGAUGCAGUCGAACUAAAAAACAAGCAGGUCUAGUUCACUGUGGGGCAUAGCCAGGUUAUGAAAGGUUAUGUGAUGUCAUGAAAGGAAAAAAAAACACAAAUAAAGGCCCUUUUUACACAGAGAAAAAUAAAAAAAAAAAAAAUCCCCAGACGUAAAAAUGGAUAUGAAUGUUAAUGUAGGGGAAACUUCACACAUCUGACAAUGCAGAAAAUCAUACAAUAUCUGAUUUUAAAAACUCUGUGUGAAAGACAUCACUAAUAUACAUGUUUUUUUUUGCUUUGUUUUUUUUGUUUUUCAUCUGAAAAACAGCAACUCUGUGUGAAAGGGCCUUAAAGCUGUUAGAACUUGACUGGGUUACAUGUGGCGUUACGCCGCACUCAGUGACCAACAGUGAUAAUGGUGAAAAGAGCACAGAGCAGCUUUAUGUUGCAGAGUAUUAGCACUCGUAGCACAACUUAGACAUCGAUAGCAUGUUCAACUUCCUCUCUUUAGGCAUGUCGUAGUGCGUGCAGUACCAGUCAAAAGUUUAGACAUAAUUUACUGGAGUUGUCAUCUUUUAUAUUUUAUGUUCCUAAUAUGUGUGUGCUGAGCUCUUUAGCUUAAAUAAGGCACCAGCUAACCUGGAUUCACCUGGUUUAAAUAUUUGGGCAAAUUUUACAAUACAUUUACAAUAUCACUGUGUAAAAAUACAUGAAUAUAUGAAUCGUUUUUAUAUAUGCUUCCAAAUUUUAUGAAACAUGAAAGUCUGCUAAAUGACCUAUAAUUAUCAAUUCUAUCCUAGUCCUGUACAGCUUGUGUAUUCCAGCUGGAAAACAGCCAGUUUGGGAAGUGGCAGUAAACUGAUCACAAUUUGUUCGUCACAAUAUCACUGUGCAAAAUCUGUUUUUAUGUUCUUUUAGAACAGAACCGUGUUUUUGCUACAAACAUUCUGCAGAACUUUUGUAAAAAAUGUCUAAAUUGUUCGAAAUGCCAUAAAAUCACAAUUUUAAAACUCUGCAGAUGGAUUUUAAUUUAAAACAAGGAAUACAUGAGGAGAGAAAAGAGAAACUAGCUAAGGUUAAGUUAGAAAGCAUUUUAACAGAAUGCUAAAUAAUCUCAGCUAAUACUAUCCUAGUCCUGUACAGCUCGUAUCUUUCAGCUGGUAAACUGAGGAAGCUGGAAAUAGAUGACUGCUUUGUAAAUAGCAGCAAACAUUCAAAGAAAAAGUGUUUCAAAGUAGAAGAAAAGCUUCUUCUUUGAAAAAGCUUCAUUUUGAAGAAUUUGUAAGGAUCAGUAUUGUGGCUCAUCUUUUUGACUGGUACUGUGCGGGUGUAGUUCUGUUCUAUAUGAAUCAACAAGGUCCGCUUAUGAUGACUUCACCGUCUACAAGCUUUCAGACGCUGAUCGUAUGAAGCACAGAUCGCAUGGUUCGUACCAUCUGCCUCUUGGUUCUGCCGGGAGGAUCCCACCACGCCCCCCUAAACCACGCCCCCUUUUUCAUUUUAAGGCUAAAUCGUAGAGUAGUAGAGUUGGGAAUAAGUGCUAUGCUUUGGCCCCUGGUCUUCCUAUUAAACGCUGCACCCUCCCUCUUAUUACAACCCCAAUACCCCCUAUACCCCCAGCGCUGCCACCCCCAUCCCCCCCCCUCCUCCUCCAUCACUGUAUUGUACAGUAAUGUAAAAAAAAAUAAUAAUAAUAAUUGGACUGGUGUGUAUGUGUGUUUUUAUGGUCUUAUCAGAUCGGGAAUGGGGAGGGAUGGGGGAGGGGAGGUUGUUUUCCUUAUCGUAGGUCGGGGUAGGUUGGGGUGGGGUGGGAGGGGGUUAUGGAGGGUGUUCUUGUGUUCCUUUUUUUUCUUUGUUCGUUUGGUUUUUGGUACUUUACUUUAUUUCCACUAGUCUGAUAGCUGGUGUUCUCUGUGUAUUACGUGUUCUGUGUAGUGAAUAAUCCUACUGUCGAGUCUAAUCUUAGAUUAGGAUAGUAUCAGUAUUGAUGUCAUUGAUGCCAUUUUAAUCAAUAUGUAACUAUCCGCAUCGUCAUUUAACAGAAAGAAUCUACCUUUAUAUGAGAUUUUGCUUUUGUUUUAUUUUUAUAGUACUAAAAACUGUAUUUUAUCUUCAGAUGGUAUGCUUUUUGUUUUUGUAUCCGUAUGCAGUGACACUACGUUUCUCUUUCUCAAGCUCCUCUUUCUCAAGCCAGCCGAUAUUUAAACAAAUAUAAGUAUGGAAUUGCCAAACUAACACUAUGGAUUGAAACUUGAAUACAGAGGAGCGCUUUCGGCAGCGUGUCUGCCGGCCGCGGGCACGGUUACUGUUGACGAAGAAGUGCGUUCUCCUGUUCUACGUGUUCCACAUGUGUUCCACAGUACAAAGCAGUGUUAUACCUCUACUACAGUGUUGUAAAAGCCGUCUGAAUGCAGUUCAGCACAGCGUUCCGCAGUGUUCUUUGGGGGGAAACCUGGUCCAGCCCUAAAACACUGACCGCACACUUAUUGCAGUGAAAUUUGAUGCUGAUUUUAGUUGGGAAAUCAGGCAUUAAAAAAAUAAAAAAUAAAAACUGGUCUGAUACGUUUUUUUAAAAGCUGGCCUCAUCAAACUAAUGCCCAAAUAAAUCUUAAUGUUUUUAAAAGUGAUCUUUAGUGAUUAACCUGUUUAUUAAUAAUAAAAAGUGACCCAUUAGUGUGAUAACAGCCUGUGUUAGAAGAAAAAAGAAAAACGUUCAAAAAUGAUGUUUAUGUAAAGACCCAAAGAGUCCGCUGACCGUUAAGUGGAUGAGUGGACUUGGUUCCUAAAAAUAACUAGUGGUUCUUUCUUGACGUAUUCAUAGGAAAUCUUGUGUAAUAUAAGUAUAAGUAUAACCUCGUACGAUUGGGCUGUUUUUAGAUUUGAUUUAUAGUUUUUAAAGCUGAUUUCUUUAAAAUGCCCUAAAAAAAGACAUUCAUGAAUUCAUGGUUGGCCAUCCCCCCUACAAAUCUCCCCCCUGAGCUGCCUGAGAUACGGACAUAUUGUAAAACAAAAUAAAUAAUAUGAAUUUGAAUAAUUAAAAAUGUGUGGUAACACUUUUUACAUGAACCCUGCUACAUUUUGUGGCGGUCACAUGCUUUGGUUGAUAUUUUAAUGAUGAUGUAACAGUGCAUCACAUGUUACAGUCUAAUUGUUACAGCUUGAUAAAAAUAGUUACAAUUACGUAAACUUUUCCAGAGUAACAUACAUUAUAUUUGAAUGAUGUUACACAGGAAGGAGAAUGUUGCGUUGCCCACGAUUAGUGCGCUUCUGAUGAUGUUUGAACAGUUUAUGCUGUAACAUGUAACAUGCUAUUUAAAACUCAUUAAACAUUUAUAUAUUUAUACACAGUCAUUCUAUACUACUGACAAUUACUGUAACAGUUACUGUUACUGUGUCACUGUUACAUUACUGUAGCACGGCUGAAGUACAGUGCAGCAGUGUUUAGUGUUACUAAAUGCGCUCUAUGACGUCAACAUGUACACAUCAACAUGCAUCCAUUUUCAUGCCCUUAUCGAAAUAUAUAUUACGCACCAGUAACGCAGGAGAGUCGUUUCAGACAGUGACGGUAUGGCGUAACUCUAAAACUGUGAAUUUUUCUCUCUGGUUUUCUCAUUUCUGAAUGAAGCACCAUGCGUUUUCGUGUUAUUACAGCACUUUUAGGAUGUUUAACAGCACACAGGUAUUAUUACAGCCUCCCCCUACUGUUCCUGAGUUCUGCAAUAAAAUGAAGGGUUCAUGCUGUGGCAGAAGGUCUGUGUCCACUACUGUAUGAGUAUCUGUCCAGAACAGGAGCUCAUUACUGAACUAUAGAAGAAAAGGUACUGCGAGGUAGGGGAGCGUGAAGCACAAUGAAAUGAACUUUCUAUCAAACAUAUCUAACCAUGUCUUUUGAACAUUAGGGCCAAAUUGCAUUGAAAAUUGUCUUAAGUCAUGUCAGCUGUAUAUCUUAAACUGUUCAAUUUCAAAUGGUAAAAAAAAUAAAGUUUAUUUUAAAGAUCA